UAUUUGCCUUUUUGUGUAGGCUAGUGAGUAGGCAAAUAUUUACGACAGUAAGGGAAGUGCCGGAAAUGUUGCUGUUAAUAAGUGAGAGAAAGUCGCUUAUCACUAUCCACUCGCAAGAACUAAAAUUUAAAAAUGGAAACAGUAACGAAUUGACGACCACAGUGGCUGUGAAAAAACUACCCGUGCAUAUACGGAACACCCACUUUGAAAUGAUAAAAAAAUAUGGAAUUUACAACAUGCCGACGAUCAUUUUUGCGUAAUUAUUAAUCAAGAGUGAGGGACCUGGCUGGAUGUCGAUACGGCUGAUGUCACGGGUGCUUGACCACUGGGAUUAUUAUAAAUUGAAACUGUGAAGAGAGAAACAAUAUCACGUUUUUUUUUUUUCACGAGUUGUUUUCUUUUACUGGAAUGAGUGUGAUUUUUUAAUACUCAAAAUUGUAUACAAUGCAACGGGAUUCUGUAAACCUACAGCUUUAGCAGAGGAGGAGUGUUGACGUUCUCACAUUGAGGAAGUGGGAUGUGGCCAGACUGUAUUUUGUGUUGCUGUUUGGGUUGCCAGAAUAAUUCAUGUGGUACUAUAGGACCUUGCAACGUAGUAUUAUUAAGAUAUAGACUUGGUAUCUGAUGGCUGCAAGUUAAUUAUUACCAGGCAGAAUGAACGCUUCUGGUGAUCGUAUGACUCGAGCUGCGGUUACCUCGUCGGGUAUUUAAAAUAAAUAGAUGAUCUAACUCAGCAUUCGCCAGCUUUGAACUAGCAGCGUUGCCUCCGCCUCAUCACCAGCAUUCAAAAAUGACAACUCAACACCAAAUAGUGGACUCGUCUCUCACACUGGGGCAAAAUCAAAUUGUCAGCUGUGACAGCGAUCGUUCUGCAUUGGAAAAGGAAAAGAGGAAAAGCCAGGAUGAAUCACAGAAGCAUAUGAAUGGAUGUGUGCCACUUUCCCAUCAAGUGGCUGGUCAUAAGUAUGGAAUAGAUAAAGUAGGUAUUUUGCAGCACCCAGAUGGCACUGUUUUGAAGCAGUUACAACCCCCUCCUCGUGGUCCUAGGGAGCUGCAGUUCUACAGCAUGGUGUAUGAUGAACACUGCUGUGACCCUGUCCUGUUAGACCUCCAGAUGUAUUUGCCGAAGUACUACGGCACCUGGACUCCAGCUGAUGCGCCGAAUGAUCUGUACCUUAAACUGGAUGACGUGACCCGCAAGUUUAACAAGCCAUGUAUAAUGGAUGUAAAAAUAGGCCAGAAAAGUUACGAUCCCUACGCCUUGAAGGAGAAGAAAGACCAGCAAAUCAGGAAGUACCCCUUGAUGGAAGAGAUUGGCUUCCUAGUACUUGGCAUGAGGAUAUAUCUUGUGAACACUGACAGCUAUGAGACCCAUGACCAGCAUUACGGAAGAGGCUUGAUGAAAGAAACAAUAAAGGAUGGUUUAACCAAAUUCUUCUUUAAUGGAAACAACGUCCGGAAAGAUGCCGUCACAGCCAGCAUUCAGAAGGUCCAGAAGAUCCUGCAGUGGUUUGAGAGCCAGAGCCAGUUACAUUUUUAUGCAAGUUCCCUGCUGUUUGUGUACGAGGGCUUGCCUCAGCAAGCAGCUCAGAUGAAGCGGAAUGCCGGCAGUCUGGCAGACGUGAGCGCCGCUCCCAAAGGCUGUCACACAGACGGAGAGGUGCUGGAGUACAACAAUAAUGUCCGCGUGAUCGGCUCCAUGGAGAACGGGAGGACGGUGACUUCGCUUGGCCAGAGCCUCUCCAACAUGUACGCACUCCACAAAAAAGGCUGUUCCCAGGGACAUUACAAUGACGUCCCCCUGCAAAUCGAAACCAGCGAGCAGGAUAACAGCUUAUGGAAACGCACUACUCCGCCAAACGGUAAUGAUAACAAACCCCAACUGGAAAAGGAAAGCCACCAUAUGCCAGCUGUGAUGCAGAGACCAAACGAGGUAGAAGUUAGAAUGAUUGACUUUGCUCACGUUUUUCCCAGUAAUACCAAGGAUGAAGGGUAUGUCUACGGGCUCAAAAAUUUACUGACUGUGCUGCAGCAAAUCCUAAAUAAUUAAACCUCUCCCCGUAUUGAUGCUGUGGUUGAUGUUGCACUUCUUUUUAACAUUGGGGCCAAUAUCAAAGAAAGAGCAGCAGCCGUCAUGGAAAUAAUUCUGCACUAGCAGUGAUGCAUACUGAUGUUUGUAAUUCUUUGUGUAUUACGUGCUUGUUUCGUACUACUGGUAACUAUAGUUUAAUUUUAUAAUUAUCUUACUCAGGAAAACUAAUGCAUAAAACAUUCAUUUAAAAAAAUAAUAAUAAUAAUUUGGACAACUGAUGUGACUAGUGGGAGGAUUACGAAAAAUAAGUAGGCUAUAGCUUAUGGAUAUAAAAUAUAUCCUCUAUUUUAGAAAUAGCCCCAGAAAAAAAUAAUGAAACUGAAGAACUACUGAUUUUUUUUUCAAUUUACUAUAACUAGUUCUAUUUCUAUUAUGUUAGCUACAAAAUAAACAAAUUAACCUUGAAAGAUAUUUUUACGAUAAAUAGCUUAUAUGACUUAAACGUUUUUUUUUUUUGUUUUUUUUUUGCUGCCAAAUUGUUAUAACAUUUAUUCUGAAGCUCUGGAAAGAAGGUGUUGCAAGGUAUAAAUGGGGGGGGGGGGGGGCUUGUUUUUAAAGAUUGGAAUGGGUUAAAUUGAUUGAAAUAGUGCUUUUUUAUAUUUAUUAGCAAAUUAUCUUAACAUUAUUUUAGUGUAAAUAUAUGAAUUGUGCUGCUGUGUUAUAAGGAAUAUACUGUGGAAUGGAACUACAAUGCUUCAUGAUAGGAAUUACCUAUGUACUGGCUAGAGUUUAAUAUGAAGUGAAAUUAUUUAAGAAAACUGGCAAAAAAACAAAAAAGUAAUAAAAAAAUCUCUCAUUGUUGUAUAUCUCAUCCCCAGAAAGAGACUGACACAUUUAUUUUGCACCCCCAGAGCCAAAACUCCAGGAGUAGCAGCGGUCAAUAUGUACAUUUAUAACUAAUCUAAACAUACAUAAUGGUAUAGAAGGCAAAUUGGGCUUUUACAACUUGGCAAAAGCAGCUAUAUAUAUUAACGUUUCUUAUUACUUAAAAUGUUUUGCUUUAGUCUGAUGAUGAUAUUUCCCUUAAGUUUGAUUUUAAAGUGGUACUAACCAAGGCUUUUAACCUGUCAUAGUGUCAUUAUUAGACAUGCCUAAGGGUUUCAUAUGUUUUAGUUUUUUGGACUGUUCUUUCACUUUGAUUCAGGUUUGGCCGGUUUGUCUUGUCGGAACGCUAGUGAGUUCACUUCCUGUGUUACAGGUACAGUAAUAUGUGUAUAUAUAUAAUAUGUAUAUAUUUACAUAUUUACUUGGUUUAGAAUCCUUUUCAGGCCAUUCAGAGCACCUGUUCCCCCAUGUUAUAAAGGCAAUUGGCUUAUAGCCAAUUAGGAAUUUGGAAAUAGGAAAAAUGAGCUUCAGAAGAGCCAUAGUGAAAAUAAAGUUCAACAGAGGUUCAGAAGAAUGGGGAGAAUUUGGGUGCAAAUGUUACUAUGCAAAUCAGGGAAUGUAGGUUGCACUUUAAAAGGCAUACAUAACAAUUUAAUAGCAUUGUAAUAACUACGAUGUCCUGCUCUUACAUGAUAACUACUGGUGGAAUAAGUGUAUUAUUACAUGGAAAUGGCCAGUGCCAUGGUGUUACUAUGUAAUUAAAAAUGUUGUUCACAAAUUAAGUAUACCGUUGUUACCAUGUAAUAGCCGGAAUCAUUGGUAAUUACUUGGUUGUUAAAAUGUGAUUGCAUGGCUAUUCAUGCACUAAUAUAAAGUGUGACUUGAAUGGAAAGAAAACAUUCUUGCAUAGUAACCUUAAGUUACUGCCAUUUGUUUUUGUAGAAAUUCUUUGGUCAGGUAAAUCACUAAAACAAUUACUAGCACAGCUGUACCUUGAACAUGAGAAUAUUAACAAAGUGUAUUACUACUUUUCUAUUUUUAUCUACAUCUGUGUCCGAAAUCAACAAAACUCAAAAGGGUUAAUGGCAAAUUGGUUUAACGAAUAGAUGCACCAACAAGGGCAUUUUAGUUGUGUAAUGAAGUUGCUUAGGAAACAUGCAUCUCCUUAUGAUUAUAUUCCAUUCCAGUAUCCUAGGGAUUUAUUAAUAAUGGUAAUAUGAGUAUUUAUUGUUAAUUGUUUUUAGUGAUGGAAUUGGUAGAAUGAACUAGCUGAACUAAUGAAAGAUAAAAAAGAUAAACUACUAUCAAUUAUAUAUUGUUUUCACAUCUUUUUGGCCCAUAAAUAGUUCCUUUCUUGGUAAAGAAUGGAAAUAAAAGCAAACAAACAGAUAAUAACCUUUUGUAAACUAACUUAUGCAUCUCAGAAGAAACAUUUUAAAGUGACCCUGUCCCAUACUCCUUUAAAAAGAAUGUAAUCUAUAAACUUACAAACCAGUAUUAAAAGUCUCACCAUGUUUGUAGUAGGACAGACAGUGUGAUGUAGUGGCAGUCAUGCUUUAAGGGAGUGGGGGUGGUACAGUACUUUAGCUUUUCAUCCCAGCAAGACUACAUUGAAGGCGAAACUAUGAAAGAAUGUAGUAAAUGGGCACCAAUAAUUUAUUUUUAGUUUAAUAACAUUUUGUGAUGGAUCAUGCAUUUCAUGUUUCUUCCCCAAGCUCUUUAAAAGAGUGAUAACGAAGGCAAUCACUGGUCCAUGUUCUUUUCGUUUGUUAUUUUAUUUUGGCAAAAAAUAUCUUUAGCAAAAUGAGUGGAUCAGUGACAAUGUUAAAACUAGUAAGAUGAAUUGUAAAUAUUGAAUACUUCAUAUUGAAAUUAGUGAAGUGACCUUUUGCAAUUGUCAGUUUGGUGCAUCUCUGGGCAAGUUCAGAGGUCAAGCUAACAUGCAGAUCUUCUAUUGCAUCUAAUCUGCACACCAGUGCACAGGCGGAUCGGAACAUUACAGUAUAUGUGAACCGUUAAUCGACCUAUGCAGCUUAUUUCAAAGGCUAUUUAUUUGCAGUCUUUUUAUUGUAUGGUUUAAUAUCAUCUCUUCCUUUUGUUUACAAUAAAUUCUAUGAAUCUUACUGGUUUACUGUUUUCAUACACCUAGAGAAGUUAACUUCAUACUGUAUACUAGUGUAGGCGUAAUAUGGCUAAAAUGUUCUCCCUCCCUGAAAUGAGUUAGUACAUGUUUUACCCCAGAGCAAGUCACGUUAUUAUGUACAGCAUAUGCAUGGCAGUUAGGCUUAAGGGUGUGAGAAUAGGUUUAUGCCUUUAAUUGUUUUUGCUGUGAAGGAUAGGAGAACUUUCCCUGUGUAUUUUGGUGUUAGCAGUCACUGCCAUGUGGGCAAUUUAACAUGCGCCUGGUUUUAAAUUUCCAAAUAAGCAGGUAGUGCACAGAAGCACUUUAGUAAUUUUGGGACUGUACUGGAUCUGUUUAUAAAGCAUCACACAGAUCAGGGCUUGACUUUAACUUUGCCAUAAAACAUUGUAGACUGGUGGUGCAGACCCUGAUUAGCACUGAUACAAAUCUACAGAAACAUCCGUACUAACCCGGGCUCUGUGAAUCAUUAAGCUUCAUUGGUUCAAAAGUUUUAGUUUUGUCAAAUUAUGAACAAUAGUGGUAAACUGUAAAUCUGAGCCCUGGUAUUCUUGCUUAAUGAGGUUUCUGGAAGAAAUGGUGUCUUGCAUCCCUUAUGCUUUUGCCUAAAUGUUUUCUAUUUUGAUCUCAUAGUCUUUGUCCCAGUUGUGUUCUUUUUUGUUUUGUUUUGUUUUUGGAUUGUAUCUGUAUUUUUUUUUUUUUUCUCUUUUCGUUUUUAUCAUGGAAUCACAGAGGAAAGUGUUUGUGUGUAAUUGCUGUUUCUUUCAAUCCAAUGGAAUCAA